UUUGUUAGAAAUAUACAUAAUAUAUAUUUGUAAACGUUUCUCAAUCAAAAUAAAAUCUGAGACACUUCACAGCGCUUCAACUAUUUAGUCUUUAUUUCAUUUCAAUGAACAUAUUUAAGAGCCUAGAAAUAAGGAGAAGAAGAUAUCAGUCCCUCGCGUUAAAAGAUACUUCUCAUUAAGGUAAAACUAAAUUCAAUAUGACUUAAACAGUAAUAAGUAAAAUUCAUUCAAAAUAUUGUUUAAAAAAUCCUGGCCAUGCAAUCGAGGACAUCGAUCAAGGCUGCUAUACAGUUUGAACAGUUUGGUAGCUGUGAAUUGUUAAAUAUAAAAUCAGGUAUUAAUAGUCUUUUUUCAAAUAGUUAAUUAAAUUGCAUUGCUAGCGUCAACUUUAGGAACCAAGUGUUUCUUUGCUAGAGGAAAACAGCUUCGAAAGUAUACAUGUGUGUACAUUUCUAUGUUCUUUACUGACGACAGUGAAGAAGGCACUAAUCGUAUGGAGGGCGAGAUGACCUUAGCAGUAUUUGAAUGAAGAAAAAUCCUUAUGAGGUGCAUCACUAGCGUUGUAAAUAAAGAAGAUAAAAAAUAUUUUAGGCAUAUGCCAAGACAUGUAGCAGUGACGUAUUACAUGGCCGCCAUCUUGCUUGCUGCGACCCGUGAACUUUGACGGGUUCACGGGUCACGGAAACCAAGAUGGCAGCAAUGGAAAAAUAAAAUAACACACGUUUGCCAAAAUUAGGAAUAAAACGUUAAAACUUAAUGAAAAAAAUGUCCUUAAUGUAUCCCAAAAUCUAACCUGAACCCUAAAUUUAUCCCUAACCUGGGUUUUAUUCUGAUUAGUUUAUCCCACAAAUCAUUAGAGAGAAUUCUUCGAUAUUAUAAAUCUUCUAAAUAUAGAGGAAAAUGUGCACGAAACAGAGAUGUUUAACAUUAUUUUAACACUACAUACAGUUCUGCUCUAAAUUCAAUAAAUGUUACAACUUAUUCAUCCAGCCAACAAAAGGAGCUCACGAAAUUCAUAACAACGUUCAAACUUAUUCUCUCAGCCAACAAAAGUACAGCCCUAAAUUGCUAUCGAAAAGUGUGGUCUUUGAGUACAGUGAUGGAAGUUGAAGAACUAGUUCGUUUAUAAAGAUAAUUAAUAUUAAAAUAAUAGUUUGUGUAAUUACUGAAACCCCUAGACAACGAAGUCAUCAAACUUUUGGGUAGAAGCGAGUUCGUAACAACGGCGCUGAAUUGGUCAUAUCAGACAUUUCUAAACUUUUGAUGCAGCAAAGAGGCUGAUGUCUGCAUUCGUGCUAUCAAGCACGGACUACAGCAAGGCUCUCAUGGUGGGUCUUCCAGCUAUGCUCCUGGAUAAGAUUAAAAAUGCGGCUCGCAUUGUUCUUCGAAAAUGCAAAUUUGACCAUGCUAAAAGACUUCUGAGACAGUUGCAUUGGCUGAUGCUCCGCACUCGCAUAAGUACAAAAUUGAUUGCAACUCUGUGCUACCGCUGCUUGCAUAACAUGGCACCGACCUAUCUCAAAGCGCUCAUGGCGCCUUAUGUACCCGCUUGACAACUCCACUCAUCCGAUAACGGCAAACUCUUGAUACAACGUGUUCGCCUUGAGACUUAGCGAAGGAGCACGUUCGUUCGCAUUUGCUGGCCCAUAUUAUGGGACACACUCCCUGUCGCUCUCAGAAACAGCCAGACACUGGAAUCUUUCAAAACCAAGUUGAAAACAUAUCUAUUUCGCAAACACCUGUUGGGGUGAUGUUGUCUACCAUCUUUUAAAGCUAGCUAUUAUCUGCUGUAUGUAUAGUGGCCUGUGUUGUUGAUGGUUGCAGUGGAUGAAAAAUUUAGAAUGGGUAUUCUCGUAUUUAGUUUUUGUAAUGUUGCAUUUUGUAUUUCAUUGUGGUAAAAUAUAGAUCUUUUCAUUUCUAUUUUAAUAUGUAAGACUUUGUACCGCGCUUUGAGCCUUUGGGGAUGAAGCGUGAUUUUCAAAUAAGUUUUAUUAUUAUUAAAAAUUCAAUACAACUUUCAAACUCAUUCACUCAGGCUGCAAGAGGAUAGCACUAAAUUCAAUACAAAGAGACGGUUUGUUUUAUGUAAACUUCUCGACCAUAGAAUAAAGACACUCAUCCCAGAACGCUAAACUAAACCUGACCAAAGAUGCUAGUCCCCAUAGGUCUCAAACGAGUAAUGAGAUUGAAAGCUUAGUUAUAGCUAAACAAAAUAAAAGUUUACAUUUAUUGGCUAGUAUACCUAUGGGAGAUACAUAUUCUUAAAACGGGAGAAGAGGAUUAUUUUGAAUUGUCACCAAAUGAAUUAUAGUAUAUUAUUUUUUUACACAGAUCACAUUUCUGCAUCAAGAUCGUCUAAGGCAGUUUUGGCUCCACUUAGCCAAUCGUUUGCUUUCCAAAAAUGCAGAAACUAACUGAGCUUCUCGUAGGAAUCCUUGUAAUAUUUGCCCUCAACAAAGAAGGUCAGAGUUCAAUAAAAACUGUUAUCACCUUGGCUUAAAUUGGUACUGGCAUUUAUGUCCCAAAGACUUAACUUCUGACUUUUCCCUGGAAAUUCUUGCACCUAUUCAUAGUCCACGCAUUUCCCAUAUCAAACCCUUGCAGAGUACUGUGAUAAAAAUUGAUGAGUUCAAGGUAAAAAGCAGUGAGGUCAGUUUAUUAAAAAAUGUUUAAGUUAUCUCCCCUGUGGCUACAUGCUAUUCAAUAGAAUAACAUGGAGAAAAACCAUCAACUCCACGCGCUCUUCUCGGAGAUACAAUAGGUGACACUCAACUCUUUGUGUCUAUUUUGUAGUGGGCAGCUUUUGCGUUUUCAUAAUCACUGACUUUUUGAAGGAACUUUAAAGCCGAAAUGCAUUGAGUGUCUGUAAGCCAUGCCUUGAUAACCUAUUUCGGAAGUUGCAUGUUUUAUGAAAUCUUCCUUCCCCUACUGUGGUGCGUUUGAAUUUCACUCAGGACUACUCUGACUCGAAUGUCUUGCAUUAUUAUGUCCGCUAUGAAGGACCACUCCACCUGCAAGUGACUUUAUGUCAUGUAUUAUGUCCACUUUAUCAUUAUCUAUUUUGAUAUUUGUUGAUCCCCUUAUAAAAGUUUCUAAGGUCAGAUGUGAGUCGGUAAACUCUACUAUCGUUGGGUUUCUAAGGUCAGAUGUGAGUCGGUAAACUUUACAAUGGUUGGGUUUCUAAGGUCAGAUGUGAGUCGGUCAACUCUACUUGGAUGGGUUUCUAGCGUCAGAUGUAAAUUGGUAAACUCUACUAUGGUUGGGUUUCUAAGGUCAGAUGUGAGUCGGUAAACUCUACUAUGGUUGGGUUUCUAGUGUCAGAUGUGGGUCGGUAAACUCUAAUCUGGAAAUCAGCAGCGCACUUGUUUAAGGCCCAUAAGUAAAGUUUCAAGUUCUGAAUCGAAUUGUUUGCAUUACCUCCCACACGGACCUGAAAUGUCUUCUGCUGGAGUUUAACCAUAAUUUGGUAACUGUAUGAGUGCAGAGCAUCCAUUUAUCGGUUAGUGAAUUUAGAUCCUCUUGUGUAAAUUUUAUCACAGCUCCCUUGUAUUCUUUAAUUGUCCUCAAAGUGGCUUCUUUUUGACAUCAAGAUGACUGGACUUUGUCACUGCCACUUUUGCCAGCGUCAGAAGUAAAUCAUGCGGUUCAACGGAAUUUUGCGGAAAAUACAUCUUUUCGCUGAGUUGUGUUGCAUUGUUGUUACACUCAAGUAAGGUGGACCGCAUCGCUAAAGAAAUGUCUUUAGCCUUGUCCUCUUUACCCACCGGUCUUGUAACUGGAAAUGGUUCCAUUUUCUCAAGUUGACUGUAUUUUAUCUUUAGGAUGGCUCUGUCUCUCCUACUGCCGAGUAAAUCUACAUCUGACAGGAUCUCUACUGCAGCCGUCGGUGUUGUGGGUAACUCCCCACACAACGUGAGAGCUAGGUUCUGUAUGCAGUCGAUACAUUAUAUUGCCGCGCGGUUCUCAAAAGCCUGGACGGGCAGGCUAUAACCGAUGGUCCCCUUUGCGCCCCCUAGAGGUAACGUUCUUAUGAGGCUUGCAUCGUUGCAAUGAGCUAGUGUGACAAAGAACUUCUACUACCAACUCCGUGAUAUGAAGCGUAGUGUGCUGAUUUUUGCAGUCAGCUUUUGUGAUAGAGAAGUUGUAACGAAACACAGAAGCUAAGAAGAUAAUGGUAUGAUCCUCAAAUUAAAAAAAAAAAAAAAUUAAAAAUCUUAGUCUCAUAAAUUAAAACACUCUUGAAAUGAAAAUUUUUUUUGUGUAAGAAAUACAACCUGCGUAUCAUUAUUGUCUUACAGUAUCUACUGAGAGAGCUUCAUUUAGAAGACUUAUUAUAUUAAUGGACCCUGUUCCUUAUUGUCUUACAGUAUCUACUGAGAGAGCUUCAUUUAGAAGACUUAUUACAUUAAUGGACCCUGUUCCUUAUUGUCUUACAGUAUCUACCGAGAGAGCUUCAUUUAGAAGACUUAUUACAUUAAUGGACCCUGUUCCUUAUUGUCUUACAGUAUCUACUGAGAGAGCUUCAUUUAGAAGACUUAUUACAUUAAUGGACCCUGUUCCUUAUUUUCUUACAGUAUCUAUCGAGAGAGCUUCAUUUAGAAGACUUAUUACAUUAAUGGACCCUGUUCCUUAUUGUCUUACAGUAUCUACUGAGAGAGCUUCAUUUAGAAGACUUAUUACAUUAAUGGACCCUGUUCCUUAUUGUCUUACAGUAUCUACCGAGAGAGCUUCAUUUAGAAGACUUAUUACAUUAAUGGACCCUGUUCCUUAUUGUCUUACAGUAUCUACCGAGAGAGCUUUAUUUAGAAGACUUAUUACAUUAAUGGACCCUGUUCCUUAUUGUCUUACAGGAUCUACCGAGAGACCAUUAAAUGGAGAACUUAUUGUAUUCAUGGACCCUUUAGAUUUCAAGACAAAAAGUUGUCCGGACGGUUAUGUUCACGAUGUUGAUUACUUCAUUGUGUCUGGUUUCGUCAACGUCACCACCUGCGAUAACCCGCUUAGAUAUGGAAGAGGCAUCGUAGUUUUUGUUUGGAGGGGUAGUUUCAUGGAUUAUGUAAGAUUUUAAGUUUGGCUGUUCUUUAAACAUUUUUGUCUUCAUUCUUAUUGACAUGUAGAUUUAAAAAUAAUUUUUUUUAAAUUUUAUAUUUCUGGUGACGAUAGGUAGGUUGGUAGUCUUGCAGCGUUUUGUGAAACACUUGAUCGGUUACCUCUUUGGAUUCGGUCAAACCGUGUGUUAGGUCAUUUGGACCGGUUCACUGGCAACUUAUCAGGCACAGUACACGUCACGCACCGAUGGACAAGACCAGCUGAGGAUAGAAGAGACUUCGAAUGGCUUGGAUGGCCGCGUACACGAAGGAAACCUUGGAACUUAUCCAUCCCUAUAAUUGCUAGAAGAUAUGUUGUCUAUUUAAUCAGUCAAAUAAAGAACACGUUUUUUAAACUCAGCAAUCAGACAUUAAUGAUUGCAUUAAGGACAAUCUUGGACAAUAGUCAUUAAGACAAAAAAACAACUGCAUUACAAAAAGAAACAUGUGGAUAUAACUUACUUUUAUUUCACUUCAGGCUUGGCAUACCUAUCUGCAACUGUGGAAAACAACCUGCAGAAAUGAACCGGAAGUGCCUCCAAACAGUUGCCGGUGUCUUUCUGUUGAUGAUAAGCAGCUCCGUGUUAAGUGCAAUCUGACAAUUAUCGGGCGAUUUAUCCAGAAACGGAUUGUAUUAGUCUUCCUUUCUGAUGGAUAUUACGGGAGUGAAGCAUCGGAACCCAUUCCGUAUGUUUAUGGUACGUAACAAGAAAACGAUGGUAUUUUAAAAAUUUUUACGGCACGAAAAUGUCUAGGCAUACUACAAGGUAUGUAAUGUCUAGGCAUACAAAAAGGCUUGUAAUAUAUAGGCAUAAAAAAACAAAACGGCUUGAAAUACCUACUUAUACAACAAGGCCAGUAAUGUCUAGGCAUACAACAAGCUUUUAAUGUCUAAGCAUACAACAAGGCAUGUAAUGUCUAGGCAUACAACAAGGCAUGUAAUGUCUUAGGCAUACAACAAGGCAUGUAAUGUCUAGGCAUACAACAAGGCAUGUAAUUUCUAGGCAUACAACAAGGCAUGUAAUGUCUAGGCAUACAACAAGGCAUGUAAUGUCUAGGCAUACAACAAGGCAUGUAAUGUCUAGGCAUACAACAAGGCAUGUAAUGUCUAGGCAUACAACAAGGCAUGUAAUGCAAGCAUAAUGACAUUCUGAUGUAUGAGGAAAGAGAACAGGGAUCGGUUGCAUUACAGAUAAAGUAAUUAUUCUAAUCAAACUGAUUAAAGUAAAAUAAAUAUAAUUUUUUAAAGGUUUUUUUCGUCGGGGACCCCAUAGAAGACCCUCCGCGAUCCAAUAUGGAUCUGCCAACACUAAUUAAAGAAUUAGGAGACUGGUUUAUAUAAGAUUAACUGGACACGAACAAUUUUUGUCAAAAUUAAAAUAUAUGUUAAGCCUUACUAAUAAUGUUACAUAAUACACGCGUAUUUGACUAAGCUACCAUGAGAAUACAUGCCAAAAACAGGGAACCCUGUGUUGAAUCGACUGUGUGCUAAACGCUGUGUUAGAAGUAGAUAUGCAACGCAGCGUCACAAACUUUUCCAACGCCUGCACAAACGUCGGGCUCACCAUUAACAUAAAAAAAUACUGAGAUCCUAUACAAUCCAGUUCCUCGAAGACCUAAUGUUGAGCCCGACAUCCAAGUAUAUAGCGAAAGACUUAAAGUUUGAAAACGCUUUUCUUAUCUUGGCAACAUCUUCAUCAUCGGUGGAGCUACAGCCUGCUCCACCACAUCCUUUCAUUCAGUUCGAUCCAAGGCUUUCCGCCUCCAUGCGUGAAGCCCCAACAGGUGUAAACCCACCUCUACAGCGUCGAUCCGUCUGUUUUGGUCGACCGAUGAGCCUUCGGCCACUAGACUUCUGCCUGUAUAUCACUUUUGCUGCUCUGCAUUCCGUCAUCCUAUCAAAAUGUCUUGCCCAGCGCAGUCUGCCUUUAUUAUUAUUACGACUAUGGGUCGGUUUAUCACUGAACCAUAUAUUUUUCUAAGCAUUUUCCUUUCUUAUGUAUGUAUUGAGCUUUUCUGAUAAGGGACCAUAAAUGUUGCACUAGCGUAAUUUAGUAAUUUAUAGUAAUGAAUAUGGACUUCUUUAUUCCCAUUGAGAGUUUUUUCCCAGCAGCUUUUGUCGACUGAAACUGAAAUAGGAACGGUAGCCUGCUGUUAUCCAUUCUUUCAACGCAAACAUUAUUCCAUUGUGCUUAUUUAUAGACGACCUUACAUAUUUGAAUGUAGCCACCCUCUUGUGUUGGUGGUAACUUAUAUUGAUGUUUUCAUCCAUGUGGGUAUUUCAUGACAUUAUCAUAUAUUUUAUCUUCGCUUCAUUUACAUCAAGACGAGCUUUGACUGAGUCAUUUUUAAGUUCCUUGAAUGCUUUACUUAUGUGAUUUCUGUUUCUGUCCAGUAGCGCUAAAUCGUCUGCACAUGCCAGUUACUGCAAUGGCUUGCUAUAUAAGGUUCCAGAUGGUUGUUCUGUAAUACCUCUAUGGAAGUAGCUUGUUAUGGUUUCACUGGUGCUCACGUGUAUACUUCUAAUGACUUGUUCUAGCGCGGUGUUAAACAGGAUACAUUAUUGUGCAUUAUCUCGGCAGCACAGUGUCCCAAAGCGCAGCAAUUGAUGAUGACGUUAACCUCCGAAUUGCAAAAGCCAGUGCAAAUUAUGGCAUAUUGUGUAAGACACUCAGGUGCUCACACAGGCAGAUCUCCCAAGCAGACUUGCCAUCUUAAUGCAGUCCCAGCUGCCCAAAAGAAUACUAUGUGGUGAGCUCGAACAUGGAAGGCAGUCUGCUAGCGGGCAGAAGUUACGUUCUAAAGUCAACCUAAAAGCCUCGCUGGAAGCGUUCGACAUAAACUCAGACACGUGGGGGCAAAAGGCAAAGAUCGAACAUCAUGGCAUUCCACUUUACAUGGGGGUUUCAUGCAAUAUUAAGAUAUCAGAACAUUGGCUGCAGAGUUCAAGAGACAUGCCCGGAAGUCCUGGUCUGACUCAGCUCCCAAAGAUGCCCCAUCAGUCCCAUUCACGAGAAAAAUUCAUGCCUGAAUCGGCCUCAAUAGUCACCAGCGCAACCACAGACCUGAUCAGAACUAGCACAGAUCUGAUUAUUAAAUUGGUCAAGGAGGCCGAUUUCCGUCAGACGAAGAACAGAUAUCACCAGUAGGUGUUCACAUUGAGCAGGAACAACUAUGGCUUCUGAUGCAGAAUUUGUGCUUAUAUGUGUCUGCCAGAGAAGCGACCAGAUAACUGUGGCUGCAUGCGGCCCUUUCAUUAAAGUGAUUACGUGAAGCAUGUUGUUCCCUUAUAAAUGUGGCUCCUUUAUGAUUGUGUAUACUUCAUGAACGUAGUUCCUUCAGGCAUGUGGCUCCUUCAUGAAUGUAGCGCCUUUGUGAAUGUUGAUUUUUUUUCGAAAAUUUACACUAUAAAAAAAGAGUCAACAAGUUCUCUUGUAAACAAAAUGUAUCGAUUAAACAAUUUUGUAUCUAGUUUUCUAAUUCAAUUCAGUUAUAAAAGGACAUAGUUACACAAAUCUUUUAACUAGAAAAUAUACCCAUCGGUAGGGCUACCAUUUAUAGUACUAACUAUGCAUAUACACGCUCUGUCUGUUGAUGAUAAAGAAUGCGCACUCAUGCCAGCUGACUAUAUACUGGAGAACUAAACCAAAUAGUUCCUCUAUAUUGUCAGCUGACAAUAUACUGUAGCACUGAACCAAAUAAUUUCUCUAUAUUGUGAGCCGGCAAUAUACUGUAGCCCUUAGCCAAAUAGUUUCUCUAUAUUGUAAGCCGGCAAUAUAUUGGAGCACUUAGCCAAAUAGUUUCUCUAUAUUGUAAGCCGGCAAUAUACUGGAGCACUUAGCCAAAUUGUAAUAUACUCAACAGUUCACGAAAUGACAACUGUUAAAACGUUUUUUUUUUAUCCUUGUGGUAACAGAAGUCACGUGAUUUGUAUGUAAACGUUUACGCAGCACAGAAUCUCAGUAACACAAUCAGGAUUGCGAACGUUAUUUCAAUGUCCAUGAUAAUGUUCUUAACUUGACCAUACUUUUAAUUGGCCAUGUUAACUUGUCUAACUGGACAAUAAUCCAUUUACUUUUAUUUUAAGGUAAUACUUCUUGCAUAAAGUGGGGAACUCAGUCAAGAAAUCAAGGUAAACAAAAUAGUUUAUAUGAAAAUGAAGGUUAUUGGUAAGUGCAGCGGUUUCCAAUGCCUGUAGGGGCGUCGCAAAAAUUUAAAUUAAAAUAGUUCAUAAUGUUAUUUUAAAUUAAAUGUGAUAUUACACGUCUUCGAAAGGCCAAGUAACCCACUUAGUAAAUACUGUUUUGAGGCGCCUGUUCUCAUGAUAACAAGGUAGCGAUUUGUACUCAUAAGUUAGUAAUAGUUUUUUUAAAAACUUUUACCUUUAACAUUAAUAGUAAAUAAUAAUAAUAAAAAUUAUGUACAUUUUUUACUGUGAGUUUGUUAAAAUUUUGGAACGGGCGCUUUGUGAAAACGAAACAACAACAACAACAAAAAAAACUAGAUUCAGAUUAGAAACUGGGAAUCAGAAACUAUUUCUUUUCGUCUCAGAUAUUGUCUUUGUUUGUUUGUUUACAACAAGAAAUGAAAUGAUUUUCUAGAGAGGUUAAAAAAAAUAAUUGUAUUAUUAUUUUACUAAUUAUUAAUUAGUUUUUGACGAAUAUUUGUGUGCCAUUUGAGAAAAGAACAUUCAAAGGCCAACCACCUUAUUUGUUUCGAUCUGUUGGAUGUAUUACCUUUUAUCAAUAGAGCAGGGUGGCACCGGAGAUGGGUUUCACUAGACAGGGUGUCACCAGGGAUGGGUUUCACCAGAGCUGGGUGUCACUAAACACGGUGUCACCAGGGAAGGUUGUCACCAGACAGGGUGUCACCAGGGCAGAAUGUCACCAGGAUAGGGUUCCACCAGGGCAGUUUGUCACCAGAGCUGGGUGUCACCAGGGCAGGAUGUCACCAGGGCAGGGUGAUACCAGACAGGGUGUCAUCAGACAGGGUGUCACCAGGGCAGGGUGUCACCAGAGCAGGGAUAAUUCAUUCUUAUCCAUGGAAGGUUCUGGAUUGGUGACACCGGAACUCGUGACGUCCCAGCCUACACGAACCAUUUUUUUGAAACAUGUAAUUUUUUCCAAGAUAAAAAUAUGGAACUUGAACGUUUACAUGAUUAGCCUUACACUUUAAAUAAAAUGGAUCGGUCUGUUACAGGAUUGAGUCUUAUUGGAGAGAACGCGGCUAUGUCUGGUAAGUAGUGCAUGAAUCAUCUAGUCUUGUUGGGAGAUAACUCUGCUAUGUCUGGUGAGUUGUACAUGAAUCAUCUAGUCUUGUUGGGAGAUAACUCUGCUAUGUCCGGUGAGUUGUACAUGAAUCAUCUAGUCUUGUUAGGAGAUAACUGCUAUGUCUGGUGAGUUGUACAUGAAUCAUCUAGUCAAAACUUGUUUGGAUAUAAUUCUGCUAUGUCUUGUGAGUUGUACAUGAAUUAUCUAGAAUUGUUAAGAGACAAUACGGCAAUGUCUGAGAAGUAAUUGAUACACAUAUUUUCUCGCCUAUUUUGGGGGGCAUCACUGAGUAGUAUACUGUUAUUCAUGCGUGAAUUAUCCUGUCGGCUAUAAUUUCUGAUCUUUAAUUAAGUACGCAUUCUCUGGAUUGUCUGACACUUACACCGAUAGAUCGUUCACGAGCUAGACCAGUGGUUCUUAAACAAUCUCUGUCACUAGACUUUAAAGGUACGACGAGUAUCCGAUUUAGGGCAGUAGAAUCUCAUGCAUGGUUUUUUGGGUCAACGUUUGAAAUUAUCAGUUAAUCCAACAAGUUUUAAAAAAAAUAAACUAUCAAGCGUGAAAUUGUUCAGAUAGUUCGAAUGUUUUGUGCAGGGGAGGGGUUUGCGCGGAUGUAGAUAGUAAAUUAUUUCCAUUCAAGUCAAUGGUAUGUAAAACAAUGGCAAACUUUUUUGCAUAUUAUGUGUUAUAUUGAGUACUUUUUGCAUAUUAUGUUAUAUUGAGUACUUUUUGCAUAUUAUGUGUUAUAUGGAGUACUUUUUGCAUAUUAUGUGCUAUUUUGAGUACUUUUUGCAUAUUAUGUGUUAUAUUGAGUACUUUUUUCGCAGUGGCGCCACUAGGAGAGCGAAAUGGGUGAUUUUUACGUGAGGCACUUAAAAGUGGGGGAGGGGGAGGGGGGUUUAGAAAUUUGAAUAUUUUUGUUAAAAAAUAAAUUGUACAUGAAACUACUAUUUGCAUAAAGAAUUGUCUUUACAAUAUUAUCUAGGUGUUUAUGACAGACGUAGAUAUCCCUCCUAGCUGUUCAUGACUGACAUAGAUGUCCUUCCUAGCUGUUCAUGACUGACAUAGAUGUCCCACCUAGGUGUUCACGACUGCCAUAAUUAUCCCACGCAGGUGUUCAUGUAUACAAAUGAAUGAAAAUAUGCAGCAUAUUUAAAUUUAAAAUGAAGACACCUGUUGGCACCAAUGCUACACUAAAUUUACUGAUAACUUGAGAGAGGGGGGGGAGGAGGUGCCAUUUAAAAUGUAAUAAGACAGUUCUCCUCUGAUCGUCCACAAGACAGUUCUCCUCUGAUCGUCCAUUUUACAUGCAUGCCGAUUAAUUUUACUGAAUUAGAAAUCCUCAUCCAACCCCGCCAAGUUUUGUUGUUGAAAUAUCUGCGAGUCGCCAUGAGUUUGGACCAUGUGCACCCAAGGGAGUCUCUAGUGUCCUUGUACGGAAUGAGUUCAGUAAUAAACAAGCUAAACAUUUUACCUCGACUUCUAAUCUCACGUGCUCUGAUAUUCGUUGAACUAAUCCUCUUGUGGGGACUGUCCAAAGUUGCCAUCAAGUCAAUAUUGAUUGUGACCAAGUUCAAUUAUUGCCGUGGCUACAGACUAACACGAUUAGUUUUGAAAAAAAGUCUCUUUCCCAAAUGUUUUGCCCAUGAGAAGCUGCAGACUCCCACCACUAUAUCUGCAGACUCCCACCACUAUAGCUGCAGACUCCCACCACUAUAGCUGCAGACUCCCACCACUAUAGCUGCAGACUCCCACCACUAUAGCUGCAGACUCCCACCACUAUAGCUGCAGACUCCCACCACUAUAGCUGCAGACUCCCACCACUAUGGAUGCAGACUCCCACCAUUAUAGCUGCAGACUCCCACCACUAUGGAUGCAGACUCCCACCACUAUGGAUGAAGACUCCCACCACUAUAGCUGCAGACUUCCACCACUAUGGAUGCAGACUCCCACCACUAUAGCUGCAGACUCCCAAGAGUUCUCAGUGUCAACAUAUAGAUUUAAUGAUCAAAUUAAUAAGCAUCUCAAAUUGUAUUUUUGUUUCUUUACUAUUGUUUCAUGUAUCUUUUUUUUUCCUCCUAAAAGUACCAAACGUUUUCUAAUCCCACAGGUAUCGUCAUCAUCUGCACGGCUUUGUUCUCAACGGUCUCAUCGCUGUUUUCCCAUGGCCAAUGAUCUCACAAACAUCGCCCGAGACGUUGAAACUCAACGAUAAAAGUAUCAGCAACACAAACACAAAUGUGCCUUGCGCAAUGUGAAAUAGUUCAUGAUGUGUGUGGUGCAUAAGUCAAAGAAAAUUUACCCAAAAAUAUAAUUAAAAACAUAAAUUAAAUUAAUAUAUGAUUUCUAAUAAAGAGCCGAAAUGAAAAAGAACAC